AAAAAAAUGUUCUAAAUGUAAGCUUGAAAACUAUGAUUUGAAUUGAAGAUCGCUUCCUGGAAUUGCAUACUACAAGCGAUCAAUGUUGAUAUUACUAGCGUUGGAUUGCAGUUGUCGAACGUCGGGAAAUAAACGGAAAUAUAAGCGUCAACAGUAUCGAAAAUCGAAACGUCGAUGCAGUGCCAUCCCUCGCGAAAGAAAUCCAGACGCUUUCCAAUGCUCGCGUCGAAAUCAUGCAGCUAUCGAGCAUCAAAUUCUACGCACAAACUUUGAUUUUUCUUCUGGUUUUCCUCUACUCCAAUCAGCGGACACUGGCCGCGAUAGACCGUAUGAUCGAAUCACUGAUAAAGCAGGUUCGCGUUCAUCAAGUGAUUUAUCUGAUCAACGAUGUGAAGUACCCGGGACAAGAGAACGCGAUCGUUCAGAAGAUAUCCAGCCGUUAUCCGACUCAGAUUCUGAGUUUCGAUCAUACGGGACAGUACAUAAUAAUGAACAGAUCGAGCAUUUUGUUCGUCAGUUCGCUCGAGACGACGGAACCACCUUACGAUGUCGAGCUGGAAUUCACGAAGAAUCUGCGAAACAUGGCCUGGGAUACCUUCAAUUCGAGAUUUCUGCUGUUCGUCUUGGGUCAGAAUAAGGACAGAAAUUUGGACUACCUACUGAAAUUCGCGUGGAGGCAAGAGUUGAUCAACGUAAUCUUGUAUCAAGUGGACGUUGAAGCAGCCCCUCCCAAUUUAACAAUCGGCUAUUCAAAUCCUCUAUCUGCUCCCGGACUAGUACAUCAAUACAAUCCAUUCACACGGGACUACCAUCGAGAGCUAUUCAAUCCCAACAUGACGUUCUAUCCCAACAUGCUUCUCGAUUUGCACGGCUACACGUUGAGCAUUGGUCUCGUGCACUACCCUCCCUACUCUGACAUAGUGCAAGAUGAGAUCACUCAAGUGGUGAAAUACAAGGCUGUCUUUGGCAAACUCAUCACGACCAUCAGAAAGGCUUUGAACUUCACGAUCAGCCCAGUUAUUCGACCUCUAUCCGCCUAUGGUGUGCUGCUGAAUAAUGGCUCCGCUACCGGCAUGCUGGCCGAUGUGAAGGACGGGAAACUGGACAUCAUCGCCUUUGGAGGCUUCCACCUGUACUCACCGUUUACCUUUAUGCUCGACAGAACGUCGUACCUCAGCAUGGAGGAAGCCUGUCCCGUGGUCCCGAUGAUCCCCACGACGUACAUCCUCUUGGACAUUAGCUUCGUCAUCACCUGUCUGAGCAUCGUCAUCCUAAUCAUAGCUAUCUGGCUCUUCACCUUCAUCCUGAAACCCGACAAGCGCAACACCAUCAUUUGGCAUCCUCUGAGCUUAGGUCUGAUGAUCCUCGGGAUUCCGAUUCCUGGCCAACCCAUCAAGCUACGCGAGAGACUAGUCUACGGCUGUAUCCUCAUGGUGUCGCUCUUCUACUCGUCGAACGUCGUUGCCCAACUGACGAGCAUCAACUUGGACACCGACUCUUUCAAGGAGUUCACGAGUUACGAGGACUUGGAAAUAUCAGACCUCAUCCCUGUCGUCCAUCCCAACAUGUUCAACAUGACCUUCUCGGACGGCAACGAGGUGUUGGUAAAGUUGGGCAAACGCGCGAUAAGACAACCGAACUACGUGCAAUACUGUCCCGAGCGACUUCUGGCCAAGGCAGACGUGGUCUGCGUCAUAGAGGACCUCUGCGCGCGUUUCCUCAUCAAGCAAAGUCGCACCUCUUUUGGCAAGCCCAGAAUGAAGUUCGCCAAGCCUUGUUUCUGGUCGGCCAUUCGAGCCUACAUCCUACGAAAAGCCUCGCCCUACACCUCCCGCUUCAACGACAUAAUCAUGCGCGCCGUUGAGUCAGGCAUCCACACCAGGUGGUGGCUCGAAUACACCGGCGAAUCGAAGAACAUGUCCAAGGCAAUGCUGGGCACAACCGACGAGGGUGACAUCGUGAAUCAGCUGAAGGACACCACCUACAAAAGCGACUUCUUCCUCCUGGGGUUCGGCUGUCUCGUCGCCGCUUUCGUCUUCGUCGGUGAGCUCUUCAUCUUCAGGUGGAGAACCAAAAGAGCCUCGCAGGUAAAAGUCCUCAAGGUCAAGGUCGACGGUGAUGACGAUUAGAAAUUAUAUACACGCUGUACUCGAUAUGGAAUUCGAAUAAAAGUUAUAUCUCUCUAUCCUUGAA